AUGUCUGUUCUGGCAGAGGUGGCCUCUGAGAUCUGCGAUCUGCAGCCAGACUAUCUUGAAAUUUUAGACAGCUCCGGAAAAAAAGAUUAUGAGUACUAUGAUUUUCCCACUGAAAUCCCUCCAGUAGACUCAGAUUUGUCUGGUUUGGAUGAAGCUUUAGAUGACUGGUUGUAUGAACUCCUGGAUGUGACAGAUCAGUGUGAUCCAAACCCGUGUUUGAACGGAGGCAGCUGUGACACUUAUGUAGGCGGAGGUUUCAUAUGUGCGUGCCCCGAGCCUUACACAGGAAAGAAGUGUCAGACAGUGAAAGAUGUCUGCAAACAUGUGCACUGUGGCCAGGGAAGCUGUGUUGUGACAUCUACAGCUCCGUUUUAUGAGUGCAAGUGCAAGCCUCCAUUCAAACCACCACACUGCAGGAAAGCUUCUCCCUGCAGACCCAAUCCCUGUCAGAAUGGUGGCACAUGCAAGAGAGGUCAAAAACGUUCGUCCUUCCAGUGUUCCUGCCCUGAAGGACACACUGGAAAUUUCUGUGAAGUUGGACCUAAUGACUGUUACCAGGAGGAUGGAGAGUCUUACCGCGGCAUGGUGAGCAUGACGGUGGACGGAGAAGAGUGUCUAGACUGGAAUUCUUAUUUUAUCCAGCAGAAAGGUGGAGAUCCUUUUAGAGAGUACGCAGGCUUCGAUGGAAUUGGGCCGCACAAUUUCUGCAGGAACCCUGACGGCGAUGAUCAGCCUUGGUGCUUCGUUAAAAAGGAUGACAAACUUAGGUGGAGUUAUUGCAAUGUUAGGAAAUGUACUGCAGCUCCGCCCACUGUACCGACCAUCCAUGAAACUGAUCCAACUCCAGCUAAGCCAGACGUCCCUCCUUUCCUGUUCUCCCAGUGCGGGAAGCCACAGCCUGGACGCUCUGCCAGGAUCUUUGGAGGGAAGAAGUCUCUCCCUGGAGCUCAUCCUUGGCAGGCAUCCCUGCAGACCAGAACCAGAGGCUCCUCGGGGCCCUUCAGACACAUCUGUGGAGGCAUCCUGUUAGAGUCCUGCUGGGUGCUCACUGCUGCACACUGCAUUAAAAGCGGAAUGGAAAUGCAGGUGGUGCUAGGAGGAGUGGACAUAGAGAAGGAUGAAGCAUUCGAUCAGGUUAUUCCUGUGGAGAGAGCCAUCGUGCACGAGGAAUACAAAGAGACUCCCUUUGCACUUCAUAAUGAUGUUGCCAUGUUGAAGCUGAGGGUCACAGACAAACCGUACUGUGCUAAAGAAACCCGCUUUGUGAAGACAGCCUGCCUGCCGAAUACGAGAUUUGACAGCGGGACAGAGUGUGUGAUCUCGGGCUGGGGUGUGACAGAAACACAGAAGUAUGGUACCAACCAGCUGCUGGAUGCUCGUGUUCUCCUCAUCUCCCAGGAGAAAUGUCAAGCCCCCCACGUUUAUGGAAACACUCUGGAUGACAGCAUGUUCUGUGCAGGAAACAUGAGAGGAGGUGUCGACUCCUGCCAGGGUGACUCUGGUGGUCCCCUAGUGUGUGAGCGUAACGGGACACACUAUGUAGUGGGUGUGGUGAGCUGGGGGGACGGCUGUGGCAAGAAGUACAAGCCUGGUGUCUACGCCAAUGUGGCCCAGUUUAUUGACUGGAUCGCUCAUCAUUUACUCACUUAA